CGUAAAACUCAAUCUAUAGAUACUGUCAAGUGGGAGUUCUGCUGUGGGUCUCUUGAAUAGCACCUAGUCAUCCCAGGGUGGUCAAAAAAUAAAAUAAAAAAAUCUCGCGUCUCCUUUUUUGUUAGUCUCAGUUGAAGUGGCAUUAGGAGCUGAGGCAACUGAGCAUGAUUUUCUCUCAGCAGUCCGGAGCUCCAGAGACCCUCAGUUCACUGCGCUGUGUGAGCCUUCAAAUUGUGCUGAAUCUGCCCAAAGCAGCUGUAAGUGUAAGUUCUCACUGGAGGAGCUAACAGCAGCUACACAUAUGACAGUGAUACAGAGAUCUGCUUAGGUAAAUUCUGUGGAAGAAUCCAAGUUAAACGGACUGCAAGAGGAAGGUGCCUAUUACACCAUUUUGCUUGUGAAGUCUGCAGCAGUGACCUCUUCCAAUCCACGGCUCCUGACUGUAAUUGUGCCACAAGCUUUCUCUGGAAACCAGAAAGCAUUUAGGAAACAGUAUCAACAUAUUUUUCUUUUGUAUUCUUUUUAUUUUAACACUGAAACAAAUGAAGCCAGGUGCAGCAGAAAUCCAUAAUUUUCUGGAGACAAUAAUUAUCCUCACUUGUCUUUGUGGGAUUGGUCUAGCUGAACUGUCAGGGUCCAAUUUAAAGUCCUACCAAACUGAAGAGACCUCCGGAAGGGUGAAGCGCAGCUGGGUUUGGAAUCAAUUCUUUGUGUUGGAGGAGUACACAGGCGACGAUCCACUCUAUGUAGGAAAGCUUCACUCUGAUGUUGACAAAGGAGGUGGCAACAUCAAAUACGUCCUGUCAGGCGAGGGGGCAACCUCCAUCUUUAUUAUUGAUGAAAAUACAGGGGAUAUUCAUGCUACAAAGAGGCUGGAUCGUGAAGAGCAGGCCUAUUACACCCUUCGGGCACAGGCAGUCGACCGGCUCACCAACAGGCCUGUUGAACCUGAAUCUGAGUUUGUUGUUAAAAUACAGGACAUUAACGACAAUGAGCCAACGUUUCUGGAUGGGCCUUACACAGCUGGAGUUCCAGAAAUGUCUCCAGUGGGAACUUCAGUUGUUCAAGUGACAGCCACAGAUGCUGAUGACCCUACUUAUGGAAACAGUGCCAGAGUGGUCUAUAGCAUUCUACAGGGACAGCCUUACUUCUCAGUGGAACCUAAGACAGGCAUCAUCAGAACUGCCCUUCCCAGCAUGGAUAGAGAAGCCAAGGAUCAGUACCUUCUGGUCAUUCAAGCAAAGGACAUGGUAGGACAAAUGGGAGGACUAUCUGGAACAACCUCAGUCACUGUCACCCUCACUGAUGUUAAUGACAAUCCACCACGCUUCGCACGCAAAUCCUAUCAAUACAAUGUACCUGAGUCUUUGCCUGUGGUCUCGGUGGUUGCCAAGAUAAAAGCAGCAGAUGCUGAUGUGGGACCAAAUGCUGAAAUGGAAUACAGGAUUAUAGACGGGGAUGGCCUUGGGAUGCUCAGAGUUUCUACAGAUAAAGAGACGCAGGAGGGAGUCAUAACUCUUCAAAAGGAGCUUGAUUUUGAAACUAAAGCAAGCUAUACCUUGAGAAUAGAGGCCACAAACAAAAACAUCGACCCUCAGUUUUUGAGCCUGGGACCAUUCAGUGACACAACAAAUGUGAAGAUCAUUGUGGAAGAUGUGGAUGAACCGCCUAUCUUCACUUCUCCAGUUAACAGAAUGGUGGUUUCUGAGGCAGCUAAAGUUGGGACUAUCAUUGGAACUGUAGCUGCUCAUGACCCUGACGCUUCCAACAGUCUAAUUAGGUAUUCUAUAGAUCGUAAUACUGACCUUGAGAGAUUUUUUAACAUUGAUGCCACCACUGGUGUAAUAAGCACUGCUAAGCAACUAGACAGAGAAAUGAACGCAGUUCAUAAUAUCACACUUCUGGCAAUGGAAAGUCAAGACCCAACACAAGUUGGAAGAGGAAUCGCUGUUAUUUCUGUUUUGGAUAUCAAUGACAAUGCGCCAAUGUUUGCAAUAGAAUAUGAAACUUUUCUUUGUGAAAAUGCUGACCCUGGACAGGUUAUCCAGACAAUAAGUGCUGUUGACAAAGAUGAACCGCCCAAUGGUCACAGAUUUUACUUUGCUCUGACUCCUGAGGCAGCAAGCAAUUUAAACUUUACCCUUCGAGACAACAAAGAUAAUACAGCCUCAAUCCUGACCAAAAGAAAUGGCUUUCGAAGACAAGAUCAGUCCAUUUACAAGUUGCCUAUUUUUAUUAUGGAUAGUGGAAGUCCAUCCCAAAGCAGCACUAAUACUCUGACGAUUAGAGUCUGUGACUGUGAUCCAGAUGGGACAGCCCAAUCGUGCAAUGCUGAAGCAUACGUGUUACCAGCCGGACUCAGCACUGGUGCCCUUAUAGCAAUACUGGCUUGUGUUCUAACAUUGCUAGUUCUGGUGCUGCUCAUUGUCACAAUGAAAAGGCGGAAGAAGGAACCACUAAUAUUUGAUGAGGAGCGGGAUAUUCGAGAGAACAUUGUCCGCUAUGAUGACGAAGGAGGAGGGGAAGAAGACACCGAGGCUUUCGAUAUGGCUGCUCUGAGGAACCUCAACGUCAUACGAGACACCAAGACACGGAGAGACGUAACUCCAGAAAUUCAGUUUUUCUCUAGGCCUUCAUAUAAAAGCAUUCCAGACAAUGUUAUUUUUAGAGAGUUUAUAUGGGAUAGACUAAAGGAAGCUGACAUAGAUCCCAGCGCUCCUCCCUAUGACUCCCUGCAGACUUACGCUUUUGAAGGUAGCGGCUCUGUUGCAGAGUCACUCAGCUCCUUAGAGUCACUGAGCACAGACUCAGACCAGAAUUAUGAUUACCUCAGUGACUGGGGACCUCGCUUCAAAAAGCUGGCAGACAUGUACGGAAACAGCGAGGACAGUGUAUUCUCUUAGCUUUGGAGCUAACUUUGAGAAAGCUUUAAAGACAUUUAGUUUGAUGGUGUAAAGAUAUGAAGAAACAAAAAAAAACAAUUCUAACCUUUAAGGUUUGUGCAUUUGUACCUUAUUUGGAGUUUCCCAAGAGACUGAGUAAAAUGAACAAUUAACUAUUUCAGUAACAUUAGAAUCUCAGUAAUAUCUGAUUAGAUAACUGUUUUAGGCUAACCUGGGAUAAUGGCUCAUGUGAUAAGAGGCAAGGCACAUGCUGCCUCAAAAUCACAAAACGCUGCUGAGAUGCUCAUUCCACUGCCAAGCUAAAUCUGAAGACCUGUGUAUUAUUACAACAAUUUUUCCAUAUGAGGGUGGUGCUGAUAUAUACAAUAAUUCAAUAUUCUGUUUCCUGUUCUCCGCAUGGCAUCUAAUGUUUUUUGGCUGUAGCAAAUUACAGUACAAGUUCAGUUAUGGUACUGCUUGUAUGCUUUUAUGGUUAUAAAUGUAUAUGGGUCCUUUAAAAAAGGAAAAUGUACAAUGGACUUACCGUCAAGAGUGGUUUUCAGGUCAGUGUUUCUUAAUAGGAUCUGUAUAAUACAGGUCAAGUAAAGUAUUUGCUCUAUUACUAUGUAAAAGAGAUUUUACAAUUGCAAUUUUAAAAGUGUAAGAUAAAAUCAGGUUCUAAACAGUAACAGCAGAAUGUAUGUAUGCUUAGAAAUGUAUCUGCUGUCUGUUUAAGACUUCAUUAAUCUUCUGAUUAGUACAGGAGAGUUACUGUUUUAUUUUCGUAUUUGAUAAAAGGUGUUGAAUUUAUUUACAGAUGUUAGUCUCUGUUUAGCCCUGGUUUUCCACUGCCUGUAUAAUGUGUAAACAUGUUGAUAUUGUCUACUUUUAUAUAAGGUAAAUGAAGCCUGGGGAGAUGAAAGAAUGAUGAAAGGACUAGAACAGUUAUUAUUUUUUUUCAGAAAGCUGCAGACCAUCAUAGCGUGUGAUCAAUUUGAAUGAAACAUCUGAACACUCCUUCUUUAACAGACUAAACAGCCUUUACAGGAUCAUAACGGAUGAGUCAACAUUUUACUUUUGAAUUUAUAUAUAUAAGGUUAAAAAGGGGGAAUGAUGGUGUAUUUUGUAGAAAGACUGUAUCAUACAUUGUUAGUUUAUUUUCAAAGUUACAGUUAAAGAAUCAGAAUUAUUUUGUGAUGAAAAAUAGUGAAAAAUGCAUAAAUUACAGCAACUUUUAAUUUUUAGUCUCAGCACCAUAUUUAUCAAACAUUGUGUAUUUUAAUGUUACUGAAAUGUUAGCAUUAGGGAAAGGACUAUCCCCUGUAUAGUAAACAAAUAACAUUUUAAACUUGGAAAUAUAAUUUAGUAAUUUCAUUCAACUGCAUAGGAUAUGAAAAGUGGUGACCAGAAAUAAUUUUGUUGGAAAGAGUUUCGAGAGGAAUCUGGGUAGGCUGAUUAAGUAAGAGGUACACAAGUUCCUAAUUCUUAUCAAGAUUGAUAUCUUAGCCACAUUCCAAUAUCUGGAAUGGUACUUAGUUUCACAGUGACCUGGACAUUAGACUGCUGGAAAAUUAAUUUUCAUUUGGAAUUAAACUAUUCAGGCUAACCAUUGUAAAAAUGUCCCUUUUAAAAAACAAACAACAAAUGUACUUGUAAUUAACAGCGACCUCCCUGGGAUUUGUAUUGUAUCAGCCCUAUCACAUUGUAGAAAGUGACCUUCAGUUCGUAAACAAAAGUUGAUUCAUGAAAUACCACCCAACAAUUUUGUAAAUCCAUCUUCUUCCUAAUGGUCUACCCCACUGCUUUUGCUUUCAUUUGUACAUUCUGAAUUAAGAGUUUUGUAAUAGAAUUUUAAAUAUUGCUCAGGACAUUAAGUCACGUGUAUAAUUUUAAAUAAAAAAAAGCAGAAAAAAAAUAAUGUGGUUCUGUUUCAGUGCAAAGAGCAUCUUUUGAUAUACAAAAUUGUAAUUACUUUGUCAGCAUUGUGUGAUGCAUGUACGAUGAUAGCAGAGACUGUUCCCACUGGGGAGAGCAAGACAAAUUAUUUGAACUUUGUAAACUUGAGGGGCAACUUUGCUGCACGCUAGUACUGAAACCUCCCAUUUUUGAUCUCCUUCAAACUUCACCAGAGUGGAUACGUUUUAAGGAUGCCGGGAAGUUCAGGAAAAAUCAGGGAAGUACAAAAUCUGUGCAUUGGGUGGAGUUUGGGAGUGGAGGAUAACAGCCAAUGGCUAAACCGCUUGCCCUGUCCCCACUGAAUAAACUAGCUGCUGUGUAUUCCAUUUGCUAAAGUAAAUGUUACCAUUCAAAAUGAGUUCCACUUUAGUUAAAAAAAAACCCACAAGAUAACACAUUAAGAACGAAAUACCACAAACGUCUUGCGUUUCAUUUUUCAAAUUCAAAACCUGAGUCCUGUACAUAUCGAAACAUAAACAGCGAACAGGAGAAAGCCUAUUUGGAGGCUUGAGUGCUUGACAUUGAUUUGUAAUGAAAACACAUAACUUGACCAUUAGGCCUACUUAUUAAAUGUUGCAACAGUUUGUUUUGUUCCUCAUUUCAUUAUACACUAAUCGUAUUAAUUCACUAGAGAGCCUACCAUUAAAAUAUCACAUAUCAGAAUGCCCUUCUGGUCGCUUGCUUUAUUCAUAUUUAUCUGACAUACAUAUAAACCAAACAAACCCACACCACAACAAAAUAUAGUCAAUAUUCGUCCUGAACAUAAUCCUAGUGCCAGUAAGUAUGUGCAGAGGUGCUGAUAUAUACAAUAAUUCAAUAUUCUGUUUCCCAGCCGAUGUCAGUUGCCAAUGGGUAGAUCAUCUCGAGCAUCUGAAAUCAGUUGAGAAUCUGAAAUCUUGUUAGACUCAUUUUGCUCACAGACAUCUGUGUCUAUGUUAUGUAUAUUACACAGCAGAAACCCUGUGCAGUGGUGGUUAAAAAGUGCCACAAACAUUUUACAUGAACAAUGCACAUCUGUCUAUCUAUCUAUCUAUCUAUAUAUACCUGUGACAAAGUGGUGAAUACAGGUGUGUGCAGUGCAGAGUGGAUAGAAAACAGACAGACAAUGAAAUGCAGGGGUGAAAGUGAUGUCUGGGUUUAUGCUGGCUUUCGCUACAGCUCCGGAUCGUGCUACUGGUAGUCUAUUAAAAUACAGACAACAGUUAACAAAAACAAGACAAAACUCACGGUUCAUGAUACUGCAACACAGACUCCUUGUAGGUUUAAAACACUAACCAUUUACCAAGGAACGGAUCACUUACACUAUGUCCCCUAUUUAUAUCCUCGCUCAUGACCCCUAGGUUAAUGAGCGCAUCCGCUCCUCCAAUCCUCAUAUGCCACGCCAUUUACCGUCUGGGUCAUUGAGUUUGGGUACCGUAGCUCCGCCCCUUUUCUAAAUGGCCGACUUCCACCUACCCUAAGGAAUAAAUUGUCGUGCCAUUUAGUUAAGGGUACUCCUUACAUAGUGCCCUCACAGGUCGGGAGGGAGAUCUAACACCAAGAAUCAUUCGAUCUCUGUCACAAUAUCCCACCCUGAAAUACGCCCCCAUUUAGAUUGAGUCGACCACAUCGGGUUGGGGUUAAUUAAAAUUUUUAUAACCCCUUUUCAUGUUCGGGGUGGGAUGGUCUUGCGAAUGACCCCAUCAUGAUGCAGAAAAUUCACUUAACCCGAACCUGAUCUCAAGAAGAUCUUCAGAAAACACAACCUUACUCGAGCAAUGAGCAGCAAUGUCACAGUGCGCGCCAGUAAAGCUACGGUACCACAUUAGCUGCGCAGUACAUAGCACAGCAUAAUAAAAUAACACAUCAAAGAGCAACCUAAAUAUUCUACAUUUGUUUAAUUCUAACAACUAAUAACAUUAAUAAAAUAAUCUGAAUAGUGCAACUGGUCCAGAAUGCUGCUGCUUACAUCUGUCUUUGAAAAUGUGCAUUGGAUACCUUUCAAAUAUCAGAUACUUUUAAAGAUUCUUCUGUUGACCUUCAAGGCUCUCUGGCGUACUGGCCUUAAAUAUUUAUCGGACUUGCUGCAUCCCUACAUGUCAGCUGCGCUCUUCAAGUUCAGAGCUGUUGGCUGUUCCCUUGACCAGCUGGGAGGACAGAGUUUUCUCCAGUGCUCCUAAACUUUGGAACUCAUUGUCAAUAGUUGUGAGAGGCUCUCAUUCUCUUGAGAAAUGUAAAGCACUGCUAAAGACAUUUGUUUUUCCUAGCUUUUGGUAAUUGGGAGGAUUUUUUUAUGUAAAUAGUUUUGCAGUCUUUGUAAGCAUGUUUUUAUUUUAGUUAUGACAUUGUACUUUGUAUUUGUAUAUAUAAUGUUUAUAUUUGUAUAUUGUAUAUAUAAUGUCCAUUUGGAAUGAACAUUCUAUUCUGAGGUCAUCAUCAUCAUCAUCAACAUCAUCGGGGGAACCUGAAGGGGAAGUUUUCAAUCUAUAUGCCAGAGAUUGCCAGUGCUAUUGGUUUUCUAACAUAAUUAAAUAUAGGAUUUCAUACAUUUAACAACAUUUUAGGAAAAACAUACUUUUAUUUCACUAGCUGCAUUUACACUCAUUAAAAUCAGGCAAUUUAGUUCAGUCACUCCUAGUAUAUAAGCAAAAGCCCUCUGUGCAGUGUUAAACAGAAUAAUGCAAAAUCUGGCCCUUGUGAAAAAUAUCUAUUUGUAAACCACUCUGUUUUGAGGCUACAUUUGGUUCCUUUGAAAGACUGCUAGUCCAAGCAAAUAUGUUAGGUCCCACUAAUUAUCAUCCGUAUUUGAUAAUUAGGUAAAGAAAAAAAAUCUUAGGUUUGAUUUCAUUCUUCAGUCAUCCUGUACUUUACACAGAGAGAGAGAGAGAGAUUCAUUAGUGCUCGCUCUCUCUCUCUCUCUCUCUCUCUCUCUCUCUCUCUCUCUCUCUCUCUCUCUCUCUCUCUCUCUCUCUCUCUCUCUCUCUCUCUCUCUCUCUCUCUCUCUCUCUCUCAUUUUGUUAUUGAAAAUGCAGGGUUUCAAACUCACGCCUGUACCCAGACCUAAGCAUAUAAACAUGCUUAAUUAGCCAUUACCUGACUCCAGACAGCAUAAUUUACAUUUCUGUGUCUAAUUGCUCAUCUUCCAAUUUAAUUGGUUCCUGAUCUCUCCCAAAGUCCAGCAUUUUGAUUUGCUGAUCUGUCCUACCUGCCAAGGUCCUAUUAUGACUGCAUCAGCAGUUGUUGAUGCAUAGUUCACCCCCUAGUCUCUAUAAGUCGCUUUGGAUAAAAGUGUCUGAUAAAUGACUAAAUAAUACUAAUAAAAUAAUGAAUAUGCCACAUAUAAUGGCAAUAGACAAAUACAUACAUUAUUUUGAAGGUGUGAUGCUGUCUCAUCACAUGGCCGGGAACAAUAUCUAUGCUCCUGGCCUAUAACUUACUAUGGACUGGGAUUAACUUUGUGACAGACAAAAUAGACUGUUGGACUGUAAUAAAAAUAAAAGACUUACCUGAACCGGAGGAUUCCGAGUAAGACAGCAGUAUAACAAAAUAGGAAAAACAAACAUUGUAUAUACAGAGACACGUGUGAUUAAUUGUUUUUAAAUGAAUAUUGGUUGAAACCCCGGGGUUGGGUGAAGAGUGUAUGGAGGAUGUGGGCGUAUGAUAGUAAUGUUAUGUGUAUUAGAGAAACUGUUGGUGUGUUGGUUGUUUUCUGUUUUCUGUUUGUUUAAACGAUAGGAGUUGCAAACCCCUUUAUUACAGCUGGGUAUUUAGUUGGGGGUGGGGUCUGUAACAUAAAAGCAGAGGUCCU